AACGGAGAAGCAUGUGAUAACAUUGUAAGCUUUACAUGGACUCAUCAUCUGCUUUUCAUCCUUUCCCAAUAUAAAUAUUAUUGGUUUAAACAAAUUCGCAACAUUCCUGACUAAAAUAGAAUUCCUGUCUUCCCCUUCAUUAUGUAAUUACACUAAUUACAUACUAAAUAUAAUUUACUAAAUCUCUUCGAGUUGUGUCAAUACCUCGGUGUUACAUUACGAUAACACACAUACAUAUGUAUAUAGAUAACUUCAAACACACAUACAUAAAACAUACAUACAUACAUAAAACGCUCAUUUUAAAGUAUCAUGACUUAAAAAUUGUUGCAAAAAUUUCGCAAUGUUUUCCUGCCUACCAGCACGAGAGACAGCUCCGGACCUUCAUAUCGAGUGCGCCGACCCAGUCAAAAUUUAUAAACCUGGCGAAACAAUUACUUGUGCAGUUGUGCUGACAAAUAGAAACAAAUUUAUCGACUUCAAAAACAUUAAAAUUCGAAUGCAUGGAAAAGCAAAAACCUGUUGGAGUCAAGGUCGUCAUUCGAAUUCUGAAACAGAAUCUUAUCUCGAAGAGGAAGUAUUUCUCCUCGGAAACGACAUUCACACAAUCACGCAACCCUCCGGAAUAUUUCGAUACCCUUUCUCAUACACAUUACCCCUCGGAAUUCCAUCUUCCUGUUACGAGCAAGACCUUGGCAGUAUUUCAUACCAGGUGAAAGCCAUCAUGACGAGAUCACUUUGCGCAAGCAAUCCCGAAGCCAAAAAAUAUUUUCUGGUUGACGGUUCCCUUACGAAUCUUCCCUACGAGAUGAGCUUUCCUGUCCAAUUGGAAAAAGUAAAGCGUGUCACCAACUUCUUGCGGUGUGGCAUAGACGAGAUAUUUUUCCUCCUGGAAAUAAAUCGGAGCGGAAUUGUUCCCGGGGAUUCCAUAAAUUUCCAACUGACCAUAGAAAAUAAUUCGAGAUUGGAAUUACGUCAAAAUCUUAAACUGAUUCAAAUCAUGAAAUUUUACGCGAACGGAUUGUCGAAACGGGAAGAUACGGAAAUUUUAGAGAUGAAGGGACACAGAAUUCCACGAGGAGAAAGUCAAGCGUGGAAUGGUUCACUGCAGAUUCCAAGAAAUGCGCUGUUAACGGGAUUCGAGAGAAGUAACCUUAUCAAUGUCCGCCAUAUGUUGAAGGCCGAAAUCAAGGCACCAUUCCUGUGCGGAAACGUCAGCUCGACGCUUGAGAUACCCUUGACCAUUGGAAGUUCUAGUGGAAAAUAUGUGCGCGGUUCAGCCUAUGAAUAAUUUUUUUAUGUGGCUAUGUACCGAGCUGGCCUGAUGUUGGGUGAAAAUAUCAAAAUAUCCGGGCCAAAAUCUCGCCCCCCCCCCCAAUACCCAACCCUCCAAAUAUCCAUGAAUCCAUUGAUGUUCUAGAUAUGUACGCAUUAAAAUAUUACACUCCAAUAUCCAAAUAUUCGUAUCCAACAGAUAUGUAGUUGUGCCCUCCAAAAUCCAAAUAUCCAUAUUUAUAACAAAAUCUCGCCCCCAAUAUCUGUCGAGCUCUUUAUAUUUAUCUAGCCGUGAAGCUGAAGGGAAGACUGGGAAAAAUUAACCAUCUGCCUACAAAGGUUACGAACAUUGACGUCUUGCAUGCAGAUAUUCUGCGAUCAAAUAUGGAAGUCAACCUACAAUUAGGUUGGCUAAAAUUGCCAGAAAAUUACAAAUAUAUUUACACAUGUAUGUACAACUAUUUAUGUAUAUAGAUACAUAACGAACUUUACAAAUUGCCUACCUGCAUGUGCAAAAAAUAUAAAUAUUAUUUAAAUAUUGCGUCACUUUGACAACUUUUCUCCAUUUGCCAUUUUGUAUUUACUUUGUAUCUUGCAAAUACAUAAAAUAAAAUAUAUUCUUUGUGAAAUAAAGU